AUGCGCGCCCCGCACUCGGCCGCCGAAGCCAGUAAGCAGGCGCUCUUGCAGGACAAUGCCAACUGCGUCGCGCACGUGCUCCAGAGCCACUUCUUCACGCGCGCGGCGUCGCCGUCCGUGUCGUCGAGUUACGAGCGCGUGGCGUCGCGGCCGCCGAUCAACGUCCGGCCGUACGUGCACACGCGCGACUGCGGCGGCCGGCGCCGGUCCACGGCCGCCAGUUGCGAGGCCGUGCUCGGGACGCUGCAGGACGCAAUGCACGCGCUGCACGCGGAUAACACGAGCAGCUACCGCCGCGUCGAGAGCGACUUGUUUGGGGCCGACCGGCUCUUGGACGCCUGCGUGCUCGAGACGCUCGUGGCGCGGACGAAAGAGACGCCGUACCGCUACGUGGGCCUCAAGCACGUCAAGUACCAGUCGCUCGUGGGCGACGAGCGCCACGCCGAGGAGUUUCUGCUCAUGGAGACGGCAGGGAAGGGCGUGCACCCGUCGUCCGGCCACAAGUUCGUCUUCAAGAUGCUCCGGUCGGUCGACGUCCCCGACAAAGAGUUUGAGCUCCGGAGCGCCAAUAGCCACCACGCCCAGCUGCAGGUCCACCGCGGCGCCAUCCACGCGCUGCUCGUGGUCCUGGCCGAGACCGGCCACCGCGGCAUCCUCAAGAUGCAGCUGUGGCUCGACGUAGAGCUUACCAAGUGCGCUGAACCGUUCUACGGCGCGUUCUCGAGCCUCCACGACGCCUACAGCCUCUCGAUUCGGUACCGCCACGUGGUCGAGCGGUACGCCGUGACGAGUGGCGAGACGGCGGCCGGCGCGGUCGGUCCGUCGAAUGGCUGUGGCGCGGCCGCAGCGGCCGGCAAGACGUCGCGGUUUGAGCUGCUGGCGCACCGGUCGGACCGCGAGCGCAAGUGCCAGACGUGCCAGCGCGCGCUCGGCUUCUUUGCGCGCAAGAAGAACCACUUGUGCAGCGUGUGCGGCAUCUUUGUGUGCUCGUCGUGCCUGUCGUCGACGUCGUUCGAGAACUGGAAGCUCUGCGGUCUGUGCUACCAGCGCAACAAGAGCUUUGUCACGCGCACGCGCGUGUCUAAGAUCUCGUCGCUCGCGUCCGGCCUCGGCGAGACGCUGCAGUACAUCUCGCGCAUCGGCCGGAGCCACAGCCGCCAGCGCGACUCGAUUCUAUUUGCGACGGCCGAAGCCGCAGGUGAGUUGCCGCCGACGGCGCUGCUGCAGGACACGAAACACGGACCGACGGACCGCUGUGGUGGGGCCGCUGCGGCCGGCGGCCGGCGACGGUGUGCCGACGACGACGCGAUGCUAUUUGAGAACGACGUGAAGCCGCUCGCGCGGAGCGUCGUGGGCGUCCGGCGGGCGGUCCGACCGCACGCGGCGCCGGUCGACGCCGCCGGACGGAGCGGUCGGCGGCCGCUGCCACCGCCGCGCGGCAGCUCGAGCCGGAGCCGCACGGUGCUGAGCGAGUCCCAUCAUCACGGACGGCGUCGGGCCGCUGGCCGCAGUCGGUCGUGCGAACCGUUCGAAGACACGGGCAGCGGCCGCGGCGCGAGCGGCUCGUCGUCGGCCGACCGCACGAGCGGAUCGUUCCGCACGAGUGAGCUCAGCCACACGCCAGUGCGGAUCAGCACGAGGAGCAGCAGCAGCAGCACUUUCGUUGAGCCGACUGCGGACGCACUGCCGCCGUCGACCGACAGCAAACCAACGGGCGGCAGCACGACCAGUGACAGCACCACGAGCUCGGGCAGUGGCGAGCCGCAGGACAGGUCGGACGCGCCCGCGCCCGCGCCGGACCUGUUGCGGGUCGGCCCGCAGCGGGUGCCGGCGCCCGCUCCGGCACCGGCCGGAUCAGUGGACCCGCCGCGGACGCACAAUUACCCGCCGCGUCGGGCAAACCACUUGCACUGCGUGACGCAGAGCAGUAGCGACAGCCGCCGGUCGCGUGGGAGCACAUCGUCUCGCAGCAGCCGAUCUUCGUCUUCUCAUCGGAGUCCGUCGCGGUCGCCGUCGCCGUCGCCCCGGCGGUCGAAUGCUUUCAAGGUCUGGGCGUCGGCGUCGGCCGGUCCGCGCAUGGUGACCCAGAAGAGCUCGUCGUCCAGAGGGAUGUCGAAGCUCGCGGCGGACUAUGACAGCCAAAUGCUGUCCAAUUAUUGCGGGGACAGCUACGACGGACCGAUCAAGCGAAGCCACAAGCCAUUGUCGUCGUCGUCGUCGAACGUGUCAGCCGCCCUCGAGGAUCAACCGCAGCACGGGGGUCGGCUGUACGAAUGGAUCUAA